UUGAUAUCAAUAUGGCGGUUGUCAGCCAGACAAAGACAGUCAGUCUGAUGUGAUUGAGACAAGGGAGGUUUUCAGGGGGAGACUGGGAGAUAGGGGCCUCCCCUCCCCCUUCUCCUCUUCCUGCGCCGGCCUCAACCCCUCCCCAGUCCCCUCCCGACGGGCGCCCCACGCGGAAGACACCCCUCCCCCUCCCGCUUUCCCCUCCUCCCUACCUCAGCCCUUCGUACCGGGACGUUGGGGAGGGGGCUGUGCCGGGCGGAGAGAACUCAGCAAGGAUUCUGAGAAUGAUAAAUAACGCUGAUCAUCUCUAGAAAAGAUAUUGAUUCACCUCAUGUAAAGUAUGCUCAGUUCCUUUCCAGUGGUUUUGCUGGAAACCAUGUCUCACUAUACAGAUGAACCCAGAUUUACCAUAGAGCAGAUAGAUCUGCUUCAGCGCCUUCGACGUACUGGAAUGACUAAACAUGAAAUUCUUCAUGCCUUGGAAACUUUGGACCGUCUUGAUCAAGAGCAUAGUGACAAGUUUGGAAGAAGGUCCAGCUAUGGAGGAAGUUCAUAUGGGAAUACUACCAACAAUGUUCCAGCAUCUUCCUCUACAGCUACAGCUUCCACACAGACCCAGCAUUCUGGAAUGUCCCCAUCACCUAGCAACAGUUAUGAUACCUCCCCACAGCCUUGUACUACCAAUCAGAAUGGGAGGGAGAAUAACGAGCGAUUAUCCACAUCCAAUGGAAAGAUGUCACCAACUCGCUACCAUGCAAACAGCAUGGGUCAGAGGUCAUACAGUUUUGAAGCCUCAGAAGAGGACCUAGAUGUAGAUGAUAAAGUAGAGGAAUUAAUGAGGAGGGACAGCAGUGUGAUAAAAGAGGAAAUCAAAGCCUUUCUUGCCAAUCGGAGGAUUUCCCAAGCAGUUGUUGCACAGGUAACAGGUAUCAGUCAGAGCCGGAUCUCUCACUGGCUGUUGCAGCAGGGAUCAGACCUGAGUGAACAGAAGAAAAGAGCGUUUUACCGAUGGUAUCAGCUUGAAAAGACAAACCCUGGGGCUACGCUAAGUAUGAGACCCGCGCCCAUUCCAAUAGAGGACCCGGAAUGGAGACAAACGCCUCCCCCAGUCUCAGCUACAUCUGGCACCUUCCGACUGCGACGAGGGAGUCGAUUUACCUGGAGAAAGGAGUGCCUGGCUGUCAUGGAAAGUUACUUCAAUGAGAAUCAAUACCCAGAUGAAGCAAAGAGAGAAGAAAUUGCAAAUGCUUGCAAUGCAGUUAUACAGAAGCCAGGCAAAAAACUGUCAGAUCUGGAACGAGUUACCUCCCUGAAAGUAUAUAAUUGGUUUGCUAACAGACGGAAGGAGAUCAAGAGGAGAGCCAACAUCGAAGCAGCAAUCCUGGAGAGUCAUGGGAUAGAUGUACAGAGUCCCGGAGGCCAUUCCAACAGUGAUGACGUCGACGGAAAUGACUACUCAGAGCAGGAUACUUGGCAAGUACGCAAUGGGGAGGAGGAGGAGGGAAGAAGUUCAGAGGGAGGCAGAGAAGCAGAGAAGGCCCCCGAGGACUCUUUCAGGGGCUGCUCCUUCCCAGGUUUAUCAUGGCAGCAGUUGGUGACGAACAGCACCUUUACCUCAAAAGGGACAACUCGUGAAGAGCUAGUGAUACAGUUGCUUCCGUUCUCCCUGUUUGGCCUGUGUCUUUACACACUUCCCUCUUGGAUUUCAACCAUCAGGCACCAAGUGUAAGUAACUAGACUUUCAUUUCAUCAGGAAUCUACAGUCACAUCCUCUCUGUCUGUGAACAACUCCUCUUCUCUUUUCCUCUGGGCUCCAAACCAAGGUCUCAUCUUGAGCUGACUCCUUGCUGCAAUUUUUUUAUCCUCUGCAGCAGGCAGAGUAGGGGGGUGUGGUCCAUCUCUUCACACAAACACCCCUUCCUGUCUUGCAGCCCAGCUUUUUGACCAGCUACAUAUUCCGCUGACCAGCUACUCUCUCUGCCCACAACAGUGGAAAUAAUCCCUUUUUCAUAAAUGUUACCCCACCCCUGUCCUAAAAAUGUGAACGUCAAGUCCUUCUCUCUCUUUGGUCUUAAGAAGGGUUUGGGUAGAAGCAGUCUUCCCAUUUAACUCGUGGCUCUGCCUUUUAAAAUUGCUGUUUGUCUCUUUUUGUUGUUGUUCAGAGAACCACCAGAGUAUUUUUUUUCCCCAACGAGUCUCAACAGAUUCUUAGGCAAUAAUUUUUCUUCUUAUUGAUGACCUUGUGCGCAGUAGCACUCUGCAUUCAAUAGUCCUGACCCUCUACUCGUGCGUUGGUUUUGUGUUAAUCUCUGUGUGUGAUUUAAAUCUUAUGUCACAGUGGUGAUAGAGUUUGUCAUUUUGUUGUUGUGAUUAUUAGUAAUGUUUUACUACUGUAUUCAUUGGGGCUGCGUUGAGACCAGCCAAAUCCAUUUAUAGCUUUACUGAGCCGCGUUUGUUUGUUUGUCAAGAUUUCCCAAGUGAACGUUGGGCACAUUGACCAGCUCCCGCUGGUGGUAUCUCUGCGGGGC